AUGAUCAGCUUGACUGUCAAUGUAAACUACUCCCUUCUAUAUCAAUCUUCUUUCAAGCAAUCGAGACAUUUCUUUAAUCUCAUUAGGCAUCCUGUAGCAGGAUUCUUCCACAUCUUCUUUCGAUGUGCUGCUAUUGCAACUUACUUAUUCUGUGGAUGGUUUAGUAAAAGUUUCAUCGCUAACUUCAUAACCAUAAUAUUAUUAUUGGCCUUUGACUUUUGGACGGUCAAAAACGUUACCGGUAGAUUGUUAGUUGGACUUCGAUGGUGGAAUUAUAUCGACGAUAACGGUAAAAGUCAUUGGAUUUAUGAAUCGAGAAAGAGUCAGAGCGACAAAACAGUUUAUCCGGCUGAAUCACGCUUAUUUUGGUUGGCUUUAAUCAUUUGUCCGGCUGUUUGGAUUGUUUUCUUCAUUGUCGCACUUAUUACCUUCAAGUUUAAGUGGUUGCUUAUUGUCAUAGUUGCCUUAUCCCUAAAUUUUGCCAAUCUUAUUGGCUACGUUAAAUGUAAGAAAGGUGCUCAUUCAAGAUUAACACGUAUGGCUGGAGACUUUUUUACAAAGCAAAUUAUUAGUCGGGUAAGAUUUAAGACCGUUUGUUACAGAUAG